AUGGGAUAUCACGGUUUUGAAAAUCCAUUUCAGUGUAAUCGUUGUGGAGAAAUUUGUAAAAAUGCUAUAACUUUCAAUUUACAUUUAUUGGAAGCGAAGCAUUAA